UCCCCGCGCCCGCCGCGCCCCGGCGUGCGCGAGCGGCCGCCAGGAUGCGCUACGCGGACCCCUCGGCGAACCGGGAUUUGUUGGGGAACCGAACUUUACUCUUCAUUUUCAUCUGCGCCUUCGCCUUGGUGACCUUGCUGCAACAGAUCUUGUACGGCAGAAACUAUAUCAAAAGGUACUUUGAAUUUUACGAGGGCCCGUUUGAAUAUAACUCCACGAGAUGCCUGGAGCUGAGGCACGAAAUCUUGGAAGUGAAGGUGCUGUCCAUGGUGAAGCAGUCGGAGCUGUUCGACAGAUGGAAGAGCCUGCAGAUGUGCAGAUGGGCGAUGAAUAUCUCUGAAGCCAACCAGUUCAAGUAUCUGUGA